AUGGCCAAAAAAAAUGUUCGGAACAUUUUUAAAAAAACUGACUCAACCGUGGUAAUCAAUACUUCAAAUUCUCCAGAGUACAAGACAUCGGGCACUUUUAAUCAAAUUGAAGCAAACAAGGAUCCGGAACUCAUACCACACUGCAUCAGCUCAUUUUGUUAUUUAGGCCUGUUUGUCUGGCUUUUAUUGGACAAAAAUUACAAUCUAUUACUUGAUCGUAACUCCUUGGUUAUUGUUGUUACUUGUUACACAAUCGAAUUUGUUAAAUUUGCAUGUCAUUCUUAUCUAGUCAGUAGAAUUUCCAACCAAAUUAAGUUAAAAACCAAUCCUAUUUUUUGGAUGUCUCAGUUUAUAUUUUUUACAAUAUUGGCAGUAGGUGUAGCGUAUUUUUUCUCCAUUCUAUUUGGCGCACCAUUGAUCACUAAACAAGAACAAACUUUUGUAUUUUCUAUACUCAUAACUGCAGUCAUAAUCACACCAACUGCCAUUCAAUUAGGGUCAAAUAUACUUCCAUUACUAUUGACUGAUUGUUUGGAAAAUGAAUUUGCCAGUACUAUUGAAGUAUACGAAAGGAAUAAUUUUCGAAUUACAAUUUUAGGAGCAUUUAUCGGUGCUGCAGUAAUACCAUUUGAUUGGGAAACUGAAUGGCAACGUUGGCCAAUCCCAUGUUCUGUAGGAUUAAUUGGUGGACAUUUAUUGGCUAAUGUAUACGAAAUUAUAUGUUGGCAAUUUAAAUCAUUAAAAAAGUAUUCUUUUAAGAAAAACAAAUUUUGA